AUGAGUCAAAAAGGUUCUAAAGGAGAGGAAUAUGAGACAAUAGCAACGAGACGUCCAAGGCGUGCGGCGACUCAGAGUGUCUCUUAUCAGACAAAACCUGCUCGUGCCAUAAGAACAACUCGCUCUUCAACACGUAAACGAUCACAACCAGCAACAUCACCUCCACCUUCACCACCUUCACCGCCUUCACCUGUCGAAAUAAGUGUAAAAAAAGUUGAUGCACCUGAUAAGGAAACAAAACAAGAACCUUAUUCAAUGGAGAUUGAUGAAUCUAAACAGGAACAAUCUCAUCCAACUAGAAUUCGUCUUAGAUUACAUUCACCCGAACGUAGUACAUCACCUGUUUCCGAAAAACCAAUAAAACGAAAACGUAAAGCUGGUCGACCACGUAAGAAUGAAUCAAGUCAUCGAAUUACUUUAUCUACUGGUAAUCACAAGAAAGUUAAGGGAUUAUCACACUCAAUAGAAGAUGCGGAUGAGGCGGACAAUGAAAUGGAUGAUCGAUUACAAAAAAAUAAUGAUGAUGAUCAAUCAACUAUAAAAAAUGAAGAAGUUACAUCUAAAGAAGAUAAAUCUAAGGAAGGGAAUAAUAUGAAACUAGAUGUAGACAGUGAAGAAAAUGAAAUUAUAGAUGAAAAAGGUGAACAAAAAAUUACAAAAGAUGGGGAACUCUUAGGAGGGAGAAAAUAUAAAGUCCCCGUCUUCCAAUUAGAAUCACGUGAAUCUACCUUAUACAUGUGUUCUAUGGAGCCAGCAAAAUGUUUGGGUUUUCGGGAUAGUUAUUUGUUUUUCUCAAAAAAUCCUUCCUUAAAACGUAUCUCUGCAACAGAUGAGGAACGAUUUGAUUCAGAAAAUGAAAAUGCAAACAAUGUUCUUUCGAGACGAUCCAAUUAUAUGCCAAAUCCUCGUGCUCUUAUAAGUGAAACUAAUUGGAUGUAUCAUGUAGCACUUUCAUGCCGUGAUUUUAAUAAUAGAUUAAAUAUCCAUCGUUCUGAAAAAACAAAGUUUUACGAUCCACAUACUAAUAACGAACAAAUUCCUCGUGACACUCAACCAACACGUAUUCAAGUUGAAAUGGUUUCUUCUCCUCAUUUUUAUAUAAGAAAGGGACAAACUACCACAAUAGAACCUGAAUUACAAUUUAAACCAAGAUUUAUAAAUCCUCUUGGAAAACUUACUACGGGGGUUACAGAAGUAUUACCUCCUGAUAUAAAAGAGAUAGUUGAAAAUAUGAAGAAAAAUGAAGAAGCUGCUGAAUGCAAAAUUGAGAACAAGUAUCCUUUGGCAUUAAUGGAUAGCCAAUUUCAAACAUCUUUUCCUAUACAACAAAAUAGAUUUUUAUAUGAUUCUAAUAGUGCAACCACAAUGAACACAACUCCUGCCACCCUAGAAACUUUUGCAACUGAAGAUCAAAUUUAUUUACAACAAAGAAAAUUCCAACUUGCACAACAAGUUUACAACAAUCAAACUAACAACCAGUUAGGAAGGUCCUUCUCGCAAUAUACUUCGAGUAAGGCCAAUCCUCAAUAUAUAUGUGGUGUCAUAACAGCUACAACCGGUCAACCAUGCAGACGUGCAGUAACUGCUGAAGGAGAAAGGUGUAUGUACCAUAAAGAAACCGUGCAAGCUCCUACUUAUAUUGGUAAAUCCGUCAAUAGAUCUAAAACUGCAAGUUCAAUUGUGGAAUCAAUGAAGGCGUCUAAUGCAGCUGCGAAUGUACCGCUUCCUAAUAUGCAACUUCAUCCUAUUCUUUCUCCUAAUGCUUGUGCAAUUUGUUACUCGCUUGUUGUUCCUUCAACAAUACAAUUACCUCUUAAAGUCGCAUGUUCAACGGAGCAUACAACUCAGUGCUCGCAAUGUAAUAGAAAGUAUCAUCCUAUUUGCCUUGGACUUAAUACACCUAAACUUAUGGUUUCGAUUGAAAGUUAUCAAUGGCAAUGUAACGAUUGCAAGACUUGCACCGUAUGCAAAUCUUCUGGAGAUGAAGCUACUCUUCUUAUAUGUGAUGACUGUGAUCGGGCGUGGCAUCUCGACUGUAGUUCACCGAAAGUAACUGAAGUUCCACAAGGUCCGUGGUUGUGCUCCCUUUGCGCACAAUGCGAUUCAUGUGGAGAAAAAGCCACUUCUUUGAAUGAUGCUGCUAACAAUUAUAUACAUAAAGAAGCAAAUUCCGAUAAUUCGGAUUACCCUAUUUACCUAGCUACAAUUUGUAAUAGUUGGAUUCAUGCAAGAUGUGAUCCUCUCAUCACUCCUGAACGAUAUAAAGAGCUGGUUGAAGAAGAUGCUAAGUACAGAUGUCCGUUAUGUGAUGGAAGAAUUGAACCUCUUAAAGAAGGAGACGAGGAACAAAUUCUUGCUUUGUCUGGUUCUCCCAUGGCGAUUCCCGCUUCCUCAAUUUCUCAAGGUCGAUAUAUUAGAGGAAUCGUGAACUUUAGAGGAAAGAAUGUUGCAGUGCCGGUGAUUCGAGGAGGUGAUAGAUAUACUAUGUGA